AAAGCGGCUGACAACAAAGCGCUCUCCUUUCUUUCGAGCGUCUGUUUUAUCAUUUCACCGUCUUCUUUCUUCAUCAUCUUGUUCUAUCUCAACCUCUCUCUUAAUCAUCCUCAUAAUCCUCAAUCUCCUUCCAUUUUUUAUCUUAAAAUUUCUCUAUCUCUUUGCUUUUUUAUUCUGCGUAAAAGUUGCAGAGUGCAGCUGUUGCUGUUAAUGAUUAUGCCCUUCUGUUAUUUCCUUGUUUCUUCAAUUUUCCCGGAGACAAAAGCUUUUACUUUAUAAGGGAUGCACUAACUCGUAGGAAUACUCUUCCUGCCUUUCAAUCUUUCCAGUUGUCUUCUCUUUCUCCUUUUUUUUCUUUUAGAUAUAAAAAUGAAAUCUUGAAUCGUAGUUAACAUCACCCCAUACUGUUUUGUUUAAUUUCUCUUUAUCGUUUCAAUUAUUAGUCCCCCUCCCAUUUUCUCUUUGUUUUUUUUUUCAAUAUACCCAGAGAGCAUCGCAGCUGCGUGGAGGAGGAGGGAGGAGAUUGGGUUUGGGCUAUCCAAGUCAACUGAAUUCUGUAUACUGCCAUUGAUGAGGAGGAGGAGGAGGAGAUCUUGAUGCACCAUUGAUAACAGCCAAAGAAGAAGAAGAAGGUUAUUGUUUCUGAUACGGGGAGAUGCAGCAAGAAGGCGGUGGUGGAGGAGGAAGGCAGCAAGCUCAAUAUGGGGAGAUGAGUGGUGCUCCGACGACUGGUGGUGCAGUAAGCGACGCGUCGGAGCUGUUAGUGGAAGCGGCAUCACCUAUAAGUAGUAGACCGCCAGCUGCUGGUGGGAAUUUAGAUGAGUUGGGACUAGGCGAUCGUGGAGGAGGAGGUGGCGGUGGUGCCGCAAGCGGAAACCGGUGGCCACGUCAAGAGACUCUAGCUCUUCUAAAGAUUAGAUCCGAUAUGGAUGCUACUUUCCGUGAUGCCUCCGUCAAGGGCCCCCUUUGGGAAGAUGUUUCCAGGAAGCUGGCGGAGCUGGGUUAUAAAAGGAGUGCCAAAAAGUGUAGGGAAAAGUUCGAGAACGUCCACAAGUACUACAAGCGAACAAAAGAAGCUCGAGCUGGACGUCAAGAUGGUAAGAGUUACAAGUUCUUCAGCCAGUUAGAGGCUCUUCAUACAACUUCCGCCACCGCUCCUCCCAACGUUACACCUGCCAUUGUCGCUACAGCCGCAAGCUUGGACGUGGCUCCCGUUUCAGUUGGGAUCCCCAUGCCCGUUUCUUCCGCCAGAAUUCCACCUACAACGGCUACAAUGUCUUCUUCUUUUCUAGUCCUUCCUGGAUCCGCUCCUGCGCCAGUUCCGAUGCAAGCGUCAGCUCCAGUCACGGCGUCCGUACCUCCUAUUGUCACCACCACCACAGCCGUUCCAUUUGGUAUUAGUUUCUCUUCUAACAGCUCUACCUUUUCUCAAGGCUUUGACGAUGAUGACGACGAAGAAGAUGACGUUGGAGUUGGAGGAGAACCGUCGAGCAUGGCUGGCACUAGCCGUAAACGCAAAAGAUCGUCUUCAACGAGGAGGAAGAUGGAAUUCUUCGAGGAUCUGAUGAAACAAGUCAUGCAGAAACAAGAAGCCAUGCAGCGAAGGUUUCUGGAAGUCAUAGAGAAGAGAGAGCAAGAUAGGACGGUGAGAGAAGAAGCUUGGAAAAGACAAGAGAUGGCAAGGUUAGCUGGAGAACAUGAACUCUUGGCUCAAGAACGUGCCAUGGCCUCUUCAAGGGAUGCUGCCAUAAUUUCCUUUCUUCAGAAGAGUACUAAUCAUACCAUACAGUUACCAGCAACAACUGUUACUAUCCCCGCUGCUCCACCACCGCCACCAUCGCCUCCACCAACACAGCCAGAUGCCCCUAUUCCUACAGUAGCUCCACCGUCGCAUCAGCCACUGUCAUUACCGCAGCAGCAGCCAGAACAACUGCAGCAAAUGUCACAUGCAUUACACAUCCAACACCAGCAGCAGCAACAACAACAACCACCACCGUCACAUGCAUUGCACAUUCAAUACCAGCAACAUCAACUUCAGGCGAUUUCUUCUGAGGUAGUAAUGGCUAUCCCGGAGCAGCAGGUGCCACCCCAGGAGAUUGGUGGGAUCGGGAGCAUGGAGCCUGCAUCGUCAAGAUGGCCUAAAGCUGAAGUUCUUGUACUUAUAAACCUUAGGAGCGGGCUUGAAGCCAGGUACCAGGAGGCUGUGCCUAAAGGACCCCUUUGGGAAGAAAUCUCCGCUGGUAUGUCCAGGAUGGGGUACAAGAGAAGCGCCAAACGAUGCAAGGAAAAAUGGGAGAACAUCAACAAGUACUUCAAAAAGGUCAAAGAAAGUAACAAAAAACGUCCCGAGGAUGCCAAAACAUGUCCCUAUUUUCACCAGCUCGAUGCCCUUUACCGUAAGAAAAUACUUGGAGGUGGGACUAGCAGUGGCAGCUUUAGUGACCACAAUAGAACCGAAGAAGAAUCGUCGCGGCAGCAUCAAGACACUAAGGACCCCCCACAGAGCACGGCAGCCCCGACACAAUUCGAUAACGAAACGGAACCUAAUGCUGAUGGAGUUUCAAAGAAGCCAGUAGACACUGUGAGGGAGCUGAUGGGGGAGCAAGGGGAAGGUUUGCAGUUGCAUCAACAACACCAUCAAGUACAAUCCUUUUUGGUGGAUGGAUAUGACAAGAUUCAUGAAGCUGAUAGCGAUAACAUGGAUGACGAGGUAGAUGAAGACGACGGCGAAGAAUCGGAAGAAGAGUCAAAGAUGGACUAUAAGAUAGAAUUUCAGAAACAGAAUUCAAGUACUCCUAAUGGAGGAGGGAAUGGGGCAGGCGCACCCUCCUUUUUCACCAUGGUCCAAUAACAAUUGCAGCUCCCUACACCAUUCAUUACAAGAGUAAAAUGUACCAUAUGUACCCAUGUGUGUUAACAGUUAUUUCAUUCUCCCA